UGAUAUGAGAAGAAGGAACAGAUUCAAUCUGACAGUCAGCUGCUGGUUUCUCUCCAACUAACGUGUCAUUUUCUGGAUUAAUCUUCUCUGAAAUCACAGAAACACCUGCUGAAAUGGGAUUCCUGCUGACCAAGAUGCUGGCUGUGUUCGGGGACAGAGAGCACAAAGUCAUCGUGGUGGGUUUGGACAACGCAGGAAAAACCACCAUCCUCUACCAGUUCCUAACGAAAGAAGCCGUCCACACGUCGCCGACCAUCGGCAGCAACGUGGAGGAGAUCACAGUCCGAAACACUCACUUCUUGGUUUGGGACAUCGGAGGGCAGGAGAGCCUUCGAGCCAGCUGGUACUCGUACUUCUGCAACACUGAGAUUGUCAUCCUGGUUGUGGAUAGCACCGACCGCGAACGUCUGACUGUAACCAAAGAUGAGCUGCACCAGAUGCUCGCACAUGAGGAGCUGCAGAACGCCGCUGUUCUCAUCAUGGCCAACAAACAGGACGUGAAAGGCUCGAUGACGGCGGCGGAGAUCUCGCAGUGCCUCACGCUCGACACCAUCACGACGCACUCGUGGCACGUCCAGGCCUGCUGCGCCCUGACAGGGGAAGGGCUUCCUGCAAGUCUGGACUGGAUGAGGUCACGAGUUGUUGCGAACUGAGACGACCUCCGAGUCGAUCAAACUUCCUCAAACUGAGCCGCCGUGUCGCGUCAGGAUUAUCUGCAGCGGUUUUAAGACUGUGAACAUGACGUGUCAGAGCCAGACCCGGCCUCGCCACGCUGACGGCGUCUUACUCAGCUGGGAGAGUCUGCAAGGAACUGCUCCUCGUCUGGACUCUGGAUGAUAAACUGAUUGUAAACAAUUUCUUCCUUGCUUUCUGUUCAUGAAGAAGUUUCCCAGAAGUGUGUUGCAGUAAAACCUGUAAUUUCAGAUUCCACUCUGCUUCCAUUGGAUUUUACAGGAGAUAAUGAAGCGACAGCAGCAGUGAAAUGAUGAUUGAAACGUCACUAAUGCAUUUCUAGACCUGUACAAACUGACCUUGAAUGACAAAACAUCUGGAUAACUAGUAGAUAAAAGACGAUAAUUGAUAACACUAAAGCGCCUUAAUUUAGCAGAAUCAUGCCGUGAUUUCACAGAAACCUUCCAUCGUGAUCUCAUUUUGGCCUUUGACUAUUUCCUGAAACUGCAGACUUUCGUUCUUAACAUCAACAGAUUGUAAAACCUCACCAGUUUCAUUAGAGCAAACUUUUCCACAAGAGUCUUUAAGUACAAACUGUGGCCUCCCCUUCUUUAAAAUUGUAUUUUCUGCCAGCGAACAAGUUUUUUUUGUUGUUGACCUGUAUGUGUUAAAUAAUUUAUUCUUUCAAAAAACAACAGCUCUCAGAUUAUAUACUGUAUAUUACAGCAACAUCCUGCACUGGAAAAUGAGCUAAAUGCUAAGGACGAUAUUUAAAUGUACAUAUGUUAAAGUGUAAUUUUUUAAAUAAAUGUUAUUAUUUCAAGUU